AUGAAUUACGGAGCCGAGUGGCGUCAACAUCGACGCGCAUUCCAUCAGGUCAUGAACCCGGACGUCGUAUCUGAUUGGCAGCCUGUACAGCUGAAGGCGACGCGCAAUUUGCUGCGCAGUCUCCUUUGUUCGCCAGACCAACUGGCGUCACAUCUCCAAUUCUCCUUCGCUGCGACGGUGAUGCGCGUCGUUUACGGAAUCGAGCUCAGGGAGAGGAACGAUGAAUAUUUCAAGAUGAUCAGGCGACUGAGUGACAUUGGAGAAGACAUUACGGUACCCGGACGAUACCCUGUUGAUGCUAUUCCUAUACUGCGUUUCCUCCCUUCUUGGUUUCCAGGAGGACAUUUCAAGCGCUACGCUGCGAGGGCGAGACGCGAUAUCCUGUCCAUCAGGAAUCAGCUCUUUCAGUCUGCCAAAACUGCCAUAGAGCGCGGAAGUAUCAAAGACUGUAUCAUAACACGCUUGUGGAAGGGUGAAGGUGACGAUGCUAUGGAAGAGGUGUGCAGAAGCCUUGGUGCGACAACAUAUGCUGCUGGGGCUGACACUGUGCACGCUUCUGCUCAGGCAUUCUUCCUGGCUAUGGCACGUCACCCAGAGGUACAGAGGAAGGCGCAAUCAGAAUUGGACACUAUCAUUGGGCCAGCUCGUCUUCCCGAGUUCUCGGACCUAAAAUCCCUCCCUUACAUCAGCGCGGUUAUGAAGGAACUUCUCCGCUGGCACAUUAUCACACCAAUAGGACUACCGCAUCGGACAGUAGCGGACGACGAGUACAACGGAUACUUGAUCCCAGGGGGAACAAUUGUGUUAGGCAUUUAUCUCCAUCUCCUUUUUAGGGGAAUCUCACGAGAGCCCACAGUCUACCCGGACCCAGAGGACUUCAUACCAGAGCGCUUCCUUGACUCUAAUGGGAAGCUUGAUGCUAGAGGAAAGGAUCCCAGUGACUACGCGUUCGGGUUCGGUCGAAGAAUUUGUCCCGGUCAAUAUUUCGCCGAAGCGUCUCUUACGAUCAUGGUUGCCUCAGUCCUUAGUACUUUCCACAUUCGACCUCCUACAGAUGAAUAUGGGGCAUCUAUCAAAGUCGAGCACGAGGUAACAAUGGAUCGUAUUGUAUCGUAA